AUGGCGCCUGAUAGGAGUUGGAUGUCACGAAGGCAAGAUUGCACUGGUCAUCUAAGUGAGGAAUUUAAGAAAGGUGUUAUGGAAUUCGUAGAUUUUGCAGAAAGAAACCCGACAGUCAUUGAUAGUUUAGGUCGCAUUCUUUGUCCAUGCACAAAAUGUAAGAACAAGAUUAGGGAUGAAAUAUUUUGGGUCGAAAAGCAUUUGUGUGAUCGUGGGUUUAUGGAGGGUUAUAUAAACUGGACUGCUCAUGGUGAGGAAAGAUGGGUUGAACAGGACGCAACAAAUGUUACCCAAGAACAUGAAGAAGAGAUUACAAAUCCAUAUGUAGACAUGGUAAUUGAUGCUGCAGGUGAUAACUUAAACGUAAUGGAAGGUUUAGAAGAGGAUCCAAAUCCAUCAGCGUCGAAGUUUUAUAAGUUGCUGAGGAGUGCUGACGAACCUUUGUGGGAUGGCUGCACCAAGCACACAAUAUUGUCAGCUGUAACCCAGCUAGUGAACUUGAAAUCAGAAUUCAACAUGAGUGAGAGUUGUUAUAAUCGAAUGGUUGCCAUAAUCAAGAGCAUGCUCCCAGAAUCAGAGAAGUUGCCAGAAGAUUUCUACCGGUCAAAGACAAUGAUUCAAGAAUUGGGAUUAGGAUAUGAGAAAAUUGAUGCUUGUCCUAAUCACUGCAUGCUAUAUUAUAAAGAAACAAGUGACAAGACUAGUUAUGUAGCCUGCACAAUGUGUGGACACCCACGAUUUAAGCCAAAGGCAGGGGAUACAGUUAAUAGUAGUAGAGAUGUGCCAUACUCAAUAUUGAGAUAUUUUCCUAUUACUCCAAGACUUCAACGUUUGUUUAUGUCUAAAACUACUGCGCAAUAUAUGAAGUGGCAUGUGGAUGGAGUACGCCACGAUGAAUCGGUUAUCACACAUCCGGCUGAUGCUGAUGCUUGGAAACAAUUUGAUGCCACCCAUGAACUAUUUGCCCAAGAACCUAGAAAUGUUAGGCUUGGACUCUGCACUGAUGGUUUUAAUCCAUUUUCUGGCUCGAAGACUCCAUACUCAUGUUGGCCUGUGUUUGUUACACCUUACAAUCUUCCUCCAAGUAUGUGCAUGAGAAGAGAGUACAUAUUCCUCAGUCUUUUGAUCCCUGGACCGAAGACUCCCGGAAAAAGAUUAGAUGUUUAUCUUAGACCGCUGAUUGACGAGUUAAAGGUUUUGUGGGACAAUGGUGUUACUACUUACGAUGCAUGGGAAAAGAAAAAUUUUAACAUGAAGGCAGCAUUAUUGUGGACUAUAAGCGAUUUUCCGGCUUAUGGAAUGUUGUCUGGUUGGAGCACUCACGGUCGACUUUCAUGUCCGAUUUGCAUGAAGAACACUAAAUCGUUUCGACUACAACAUGGUGCUAAACCCUGUUGGUUUGAUUGUCAUCGACAGUACUUGCCUGUUGGUCAUGCAUUUCGUCGUGAUCGAUACUCUUUUAAAAAGUCAACUGUGGAAAACUCUUUUCCACCAAAACGAAUGAUUGGAGUUGAAAUCUUAAAUGAGUUGGACAAACUCGAGGAAGCUAACUUUGGGGCAAAUUCGAGAGGAAAAAAAGGGUGGCUUUGGUACCAUUCAUAA